GCCAACCUACAUUGCAAGCAAAACCCAAAGCCUCCAUGACUCUGCCUACCACUUUUCUCUUCUCCCUCCUCUCUCUCCUCCUCCUCCCCUCCCCCUCCGCCGCUAACGAGGGCAACAUCCUCGCUACCGGCGACAUCCUUCCCACCGACGGCCAGCUCUCCUACAAAGAUGCCGCCUUUGUCAUCCAAGGCGACUGCAAUCUCGUUCUAUACAACAAAGGCAGCGGCUUCCAGUCCAACACCCACGGCUUUGGCACCAAUUGCACCCUCACCCUCUCCGAUCACGGCCAACUCCUCAUCAAAGACGGCCAAGGCUUACAAGUCUGGUCCUCUUCCGGCGGAUCCAAGAAGGGCAAAUACGUCGCCGUCCUCGGCCCCGACGGUAUUCUCAACGUCUUCGGACCCUCGAUCUGGUCCACCCCUCCACUCUCUUCUCCAUCCGCUGCCAUCGACGCCGAGUUGAGCAAUUUACCUUUGGUGAGCAAUGUGUUGUUCUCCUCUCAGAUUCUACGCGAGAACUCGAAGCUGACGAGCAGAGACUACACUUUGGAGAUAACGGAGGACUGUAAUCUGGAGUUUACUAAGGCGUCGGUGGGAGUGGUGUGGCAAAGCGAGACUAAGGGGAAGGGGCGGCAUUGCUUCGUUAGGCUUGACGACCAUGGACGGCUUGCAGUGGUUAAUGACCGUUACAAGGUUGUGUGGUCGAGCAAGCGGGAGGGGGUCGAAGGGGAAUAUGUUCUUGUUGUUCAAAUUAACGGGCAGGCCGUUGUGUAUGGGCCUGUGGUGUGGUCCACUGGUUCUUGAUGUUUUUUGAGGGAUUUUGGAUCGAUUUGUUUUGAGGGUUUCUGGUUUCAAUAAACUGGAGGAGGAAAAAUAAAGUGGUUUGUGAUGAUCUGUAUUUGACCCAAAAGGUCUAACUAGUAUUCCAUUGAAAUCGAAUAAAACUCAGUGUUGAGUAAUAGUUUAUUAUGUAAA